CCUUGUUGUACGUCAGUUCUGACAAUUUGCCAAAACAAGAAAUUCAUGGUCCGAAAUUAGAAAACCUAUUCGUUGAUCACUUCAAGUUAGAAGUUCCCAAUGAAAAUUCCAGUUUGAUAUCCCAUAAUCUGCAAAAAUUACAUGAACUUCAACACAUUUUCACGCUGAUUCAAUCUUCUACAGUCUUAUCUUACGAAAAAUUGAAAAUUUGAACGUUCGAAGAUGAUACAGUGAUUUUACCACGAAAUCAGUGAACAAGUCAUGGCCUCAGCUAGUAGAGAAAACGGUGGCGAGAGCGAAUGGAUUCUGGCCAAGGAGGGGUUGAAGCUGCUCAUCAAUAAUAGGGGUAAAGAGGCGGAAGAACUGUUCAUGAAGUACCCCGAGAGCCUGGUUAUGUUUUCUGGGUACUCAUUCGCUGUUUUCAUGGAUGCCCUCAUGUCCUUCGAAGAGGAGAAGCUAACAAAAGCAAUCUCCACCCUGAAGGAAGUCGAACAGAGAUGUAGCACCAGAGGUUGGUUCAAAAUGGUCAAGAACAAGAUGUUCGGUACCACGGAAGAAGAGCCGACUCUAACUGAAACUUUGGAAACUCAGAUAAUCCUCGCCGAUUCUCAAGUUUGCCUCGCCGUUUUGGUGUUCUUGCAGCAGGACAUCUCGGGGUACUUGAAGGCUGGCUGGGUGCUCAGGAAGGCGUGGAAGCUCUACCACAGCACCUACACCGACAUAUUGAAUUUGUACAAUAGCGAAAUUGGAAUACUGAAUUUACCAGAUCCGAACUUGGCUUCCCGCAGCUCGGACAACGUGGUGAAGAACGAAAGGACCAUCCUGUCAUCCGACGAGGAGGCGUUCAAGACCACCUCCAACGGGAAGACGAGCGAUACCCCGUUGAACAAAAAAGUGAUAAUACGUCUGAUGAACGCCGUCACCUUCGGCUACGGCAUUCUUCAGUUGGGAGUCUCUCUUCUACCUCCAGCACUGCUGAGGCUGACGAGUUUCCUUGGACUGGGUGGUAGCAGAGCACAUGGAUUGUCCUGUUUGAUGUACUCUAGGCUGGGAGUGGACAUGAGGGCACCUUUAGCAACUCUGUCACUGUUGUGGUACCACUGCAUAGUGAGACCCUACUACGCCCUCGAUGGUACGAAUGUUCGAGCAGGAGCUAGAGUAUCUGAAGUGUUGAUUCAUGAAACACGAGAAGAGUUCGGGGACUCGGCCCUCUUUCUAUUCUUCAGGGGACGAUUGUGUCGACUCAAUUCAGAUAUCCCGUCAGCUUUGUCAGCCUUCCAAGCCUCCGUCAAAAAUGCGAAUCAAAGGGAAAUCAAGCUGCUGUCCCUCCACGAGGUAGGCUGGUGCUACCUGAUCCAGCUGGACUUCGAAAACUCCGAGUCGAAAUUCUCGUUCCUUGCCACCUGGAGCAGAUGGUCCAGGCCCUUCUACACUUACAUAGCCUGCAUAUGCAAAGGAUCCAGGAACGCUUUCACCGACUACCCCUCGCUGGAAGAGAUGGUGGUCAGCAUCAGGACGUCUUCGAAGGCUAACCAACUGGACGAGUUCCUGACCAAGAGGGCUUCAUGUUUUCCGGGCAGAGAUGAUUUCGCCACUUGCUCGACCAGAUUCUGGAAACUGUUCGUUUACGAGAUGCUGUAUCUGUGGAACUCGCUGGCGAGCUGCACGAAGGAGGACUUGUUGCAGAUAAUUUCAGAUUGUAAUUUGGAAUCGCCGGCUGAAGAACCGAUGAAAGGUGUGUCCAAACUGAUCCAAGGAGCUUGUUAUCUGAUCUUGGGGAGAAGUUCGGAAGCGGAUACGAUGUUGAGGGAGUGCAUCCAGAGCAGGACCGAACUGAAUCAAAAGGGCCACCCUAAAGACGUCCAUAUUCUUGCGUUUGCCCAGUACGAACUAGCGUCCAUUUUGGUUGAAGCACCUGAGACGAAGGAAGAGGGAAGAAAACUACUGUUACAAACUGUCCAAAUUAAGGAUUACGAUUUCGAAGAGAGGUUGACUGUAAGGGUGAGCUCGUUGCUGAGACAUUAGCGAAACCUCUG